UUUAAGAAAAUUGAAGAUGUAAUAAAAUACCUCGACCCUCAGUACAUUGAUAGGAUGGCUGUUCCAGACGCCAUGAAGCUGCAGUUCAUCUUGGCAGAGGAGCAGGUUAUUCCUUCCCGAGCAGCCCUUCUGGAGCAGGUGAAGAACCUCCAGCCCAUCUUGGACAGUGCCAGUAUCCAAGCGGUUCCUGACCAUGCAGCCAAACUACAGCGACUCUCUCAAAUCCACAUACAGCAGCAGGAACAGCGUCAAGAUCUCACCGACAGCGUCAAGAUGCUUCUCGAAGACUACAACAAAAUGACCCUGCUGCUCUCCAAGCAGUUUGUCCAGUGGAAUGAAAUACUGACGCAGCUGGAAAUGGCCAAGGAAGCGAAACCUGCGGCAGAGUGAUGGCAGAGCCCGGGAGCAUGGAGAGCCCCGGGGACCCUGCUGGCCUUGGGUCGCUCAGGAGAGGCUGCAGCACAGCUUGCACUCUGUCAUCUUGGCAUCUUCCCACUCAGCGUGAGCAUGCUGCGACUAGUGCCGCAGGCUCUCGGGGGGCACCCUGGCUCCGCGGCUGCACUGUGUCAGCCCCAAAUUGAAGCCACACUACUCCUUAAUAUGCCACUGUUUGCAGAUCUUGCACUUCCCUGAAAUAAGUUUUGGUUUCUAACAUAUUUAAAAAUCCCUUUCUGCUCUUACUGUGAACCGUAGUAAAGUCCUGAAAUGCUGA